AUGGUUAUCACUAGUACGGCAGCUUCAUCGGUCGUAGAAGAUGUUCCGGCACCACCCAAGCGCUUCGGGCCACCUGUGAAGGCUAUCAAGAACUCAUUCCAUGCCCUCGCGGCAGAACCAACGUUUUGCCAUCAAUGCAGGAGGACCACCCAACACGACAAGAUGCGAUGUACUGUCAUCAAGGAGUCCGGCGAUUUAUGCGGGAAGAGAUUCUGUCGAAACUGCGUAGAUAAGAGGUCUGUCGCCAUCCUUUUUCUCACUACACGAAGAGGCAGAGCAGUCGCUAUGCGUGGACCCGUCCCGCGUGUCUGUGAUCCUAUUUUCUGUAUUGCCUCACGAAUUUAA